AUGGGUAGGCUCAUUAAAAACCACUGGGCCAGGUUGAUCAUCCUUACAGCAGCAGCCUACCAAGUAGGUAGCGCAGUUGAGGGGUUCAUCUGGCCCAAAGUCUUCUGGGACUUCAUAACCAAAAAUCUUAACGGAGCCGUGACACCAGUUCCUGUACUCCAGAUUUUGAAUCUCGUUAUGGGGUUGGUUGGCCUCGCAUGGGAAUGGCCAUUAAAAUACGUCGCGGGAACAAUGCCACACCGCAGUAUUGAGUUCCGCCUGAUGAUGUAUCCUUUGAGCGCUAUCAUCGCCAUCCUCCUAUACCAAGGCACAGAUGCAGCUCUCUACUAUCUUGUCGGAAUUGCUGUUUACUUCUGGGCCUAUAGUGAAGGCGAGGUGAGUUUUGCCCAGCCUCCGCCUCGUCAUAUCGGCGUACCUGACCCCCCUCCACAGGUUAACGACGAGACCAGCAGCGAUCCUGGCCCUGUGCCCAGCGACGACGAUGUACCCGUUAACAAGAUAACGAGUUUCAACGGAGGACUGAAAAGAUACAUCCAUGUCUCGCAAACAGUCACCAGUAGCACCACCAGCGGGCCCACACAGCAAGACGCAAAACGCGAUUCCGACACCACCCUCCCCCUCGACAACGAACCCGCCUCCUCCAAACGGAGAAAGAAGCUCGAGUCUCCCACAGUAACAACAAUCACAUCAAGCUCGACAGCGACAGUAAUUCCAGCCAGAAGCCGAAGAAGCCGCCAGCAAACAUCCGCGCCGUCCUCGCCAACAAAGACCCCGCGAACCCCGACUCCCUCUGCCUCAGUCUCCCGCCUCCAAGACACCCUCCCCCCCAACCUUGACCUCCUUCUCGUCGGUGUCAACCCUGGCAUCAUGACGGGCGCCACCGGCUUCGCGUACGCCCACCCGUCAAACCUCUUCUGGAAACUGCUUCAUUCCUCGGGCAUCACGCCCAUCCGCCACCCGCCCUCGGACACCUACAGGCUUCCGGGCCUGUACAAUAUCGGCAACACGAAUAUUGUGGAGCGCCCCACGCGCGACGCCAGCAUGCUGGGCAAGGCCGAGAUGGACGCGGGCGUGCCGGUCCUGGAAGAAAAGGUCGCGGCGAAGCGGCCCCAGGCUGUGUGUUUGGUUGGCAAGGGCAUCUGGGAAGCUGUGUGGCGGGCGAGGAAGGGGCGGGCGAUCCGCAAGGAGGAGUUUCGGUAUGGGUGGCAGGAUGCCGCGGAGAAUAUGGGGAGGUCCAAGGAGUGGGCUGGGGCGAGGGUGUUUGUGGCUACGACGACGAGUGGGUUGGCUGCUUCGAUGACGCUGGCCGAGAAGGAAGCCGUAUGGAAUCAAUUAGGGGAAUGGGUUGUUCAGAAGCGGGAGGAGAAGAGUGUAGAAUGUAAGUGA